UCGAGAUGUUCUCAAAUAAUAGAGGGUGGAUAGUGAAUAUAUAAAGUAUAUUCUGGAUCCCAAGAUCACAAGUUCGGUGGUUUGGCCGAGUGGUUAAGGCGCGGGACUGCUAUAUAGUGCUCGACUAAGUAGUCUGGACGUUUCAUGGUUAACCAUGAAAGUAAUCCCGUUCAUUCGUGAGCGCAGGUUCGAAUCCUGCAGCCAUCGUUAUUUUUUUUUAUUUUUAUUUUUUAUAUUUCAAAAAUAUCUUGCCCCUCUCCUCUGCCUGGCUCCAGAUGGAUUACCAAAAAAAAGCAUAGCACGGGCCAACAGGCAACGAACAAUUCCUUGUCGAUUAAUAAUGAUAGGAUUUCCAUUAAUAAUUAAACAAACUACCCUCCCACUCUGGUUCCGGGCAAAACCGAGGAGUUGUACGGAGGACGGAGUAAAUGUGUUACACUUUUCCGUGCAUUUGGGAUUAUUCAGCCUACAGCCCCCCACUUCAAUUCCUCGCAAAAUCCGAUCAUCCGGAAACUAACGUGGGAUUGUUCCACACUCUUCGAAUCAUCCCGGGCCCCUCCUCUCUCAACUUCUCUCUCUCCUCGUCCUCGCCUUCCACACCAUCCGAAUCCUCAAUUUUCGACACAAUAUCGUCCUCGAUUCGACUCGACACGGCGACUAAUCGACCCC